AUGAGUAGUCCGGGUGCUAAGGGCUCCUGCCUCUCGCAGCCCACGGUGAAGAGCGUGCUGGUGUAUCGCAACGGGGACCCGUUCUUCCCGGGGCGCCGCAUUGUUGUCAACGAGAAGAAAGUGUCCAACUUCGAGGUCUUCCUGAAAGAGGUAACGGGCGGGGUGAAGGCACCCUUUGGAGCUGUGCGUAACAUCUAUACCCCCCGGGGUGGGCAUCGCAUCCGGCAGCUGGAGGAGCUUCAGAGUGGAGAGCAGUACGUGGCUGGUGGCAGGGAAGCCUUCAAGAAACUCAACUAUUUGGAUAUAGGAGAAACAAAGAAAAAACCUGCAGAGGUCAAUAAUGAGCAAUCAACAGUGGAAGAUGUGAAGCCGGUUACCCACAGUAGAAUCAAUGUGUCAGCACGGUUUCGAAAACCACUUCAGGAGCCCUGCACUAUUUUCCUGAUUGCUAAUGGAGACCUUAUCAGCCCUGUAGUGCGCCUCCUCAUUCCCAGGAAAACACUGAAUCAGUGGGAUCAUAUUCUUGAAAUGGUUACAGAAAAAGUUACCCUCAGAAGUGGAGCUGUGCACAGACUCUACACUUUAGAUGGAAAACUUGUUCAGAAUGGGUCAGAUCUGGAGAAUGGGCAGUUUUAUGUCGCAGUGGGCAGAGACAAAUUUAAGAAGUUGCCAUAUGGUAAUCUCCUGUUCAGCAAAUCUACAAUAAGAAGGCCACAGGGUUCCAAAGCUUCCUCAUUACCUCCUAUUGUGGGAUCUCGAAAAUCUAAAGGGAGUGGAAAUGAUCGACAAUCUAAGUCUGCCACUGGAUCCAGUGACCCAGGAGAAAACAGUUCCUCACCUCAGCCUCCAAAAAGGAAGGACAAAAGAAGCCAGAACCAAGAGGAGACCCGCUUUUCUAACAAGUCUACAAAAGCAAAACAGUCAACAAGAGUAAUAGCUUCCACAGUAAUCCUUCAAGAUAAUGAUGAAGGUAUUUACAAAGCUGGAGAAGAGCGAUCUGAAAUGUGGGGAGCAGCUGAAGUGCAGGAAGAUGAAGAUACUCGUGUAGAAGUUCCACUGGACCAGAGACCAGCAGAAACUGUGGAUGAAGAAGAAAAUGCAGAAGAGGAAAAUGACAGAGAUGAGGAGGACUAUAAAGGAAAGGAAGAAUACCCAGAAGUGAGUGGAAAGGAAAGUGGGGAAAUUGUUAAAGAAAGAAGAGAAGUGGAAGACAAUGAGAAAAAGGUAAAUAGGAAUUAUGAAGACAAACCAGAAGAAAGAGAAGAUGUUAACCAAGUAGAGGAAGAGGAGGUCAUGCAUUUAAAUGGCAAGACAAAUGAAGAAAAUGGUGAGGAAAUGGAGGAGUUGAACAAUCAAAGUGAUCUUCAGCCUGAAGAAGAAAUAAAAGAACUAGAGGAUUCUGAUAGUCAGAACCAGGUUGGUUCCCAUCAUGAAAGAACAUCCACAAAUCCAAGGGUGACAGUCACCAGCCCACAGGAAAGUGAAAAAAAUGACCAGACCAAUGACUAUGCUGCAGUUGCGUAG